CCGCGCAGCGUGAGCGCAGAAAUCAAAUCAAAUGCUGGGGCGCCCAAUGGGGUGUGUGUGUUGACAAUUUCGACCAACAAAACUUGGGUCUGGACUGAAUUCUUAGGGAAAAACUACUUUUUUCGAUAGUAAGGGAAAUUUCGUUUUUACCUUAACCAGAGCAAUGUGCAGAUGUCUGUAGCUUGGUUUCACCCAUGAGUCAUGAGCAGCAGGUGGGAUCUUUGGAGAGGGUCCGACUUUUCAUAUUUCAAGAUGAGGGAAAGGGUGAUGAAAUGUCAAUCAGGAUUCCUGAGCUGAUUGAUCCAGCAUACGGGAUGUAUGUGUGGCCAUGUGCACCAGUUUUAGCCAAGUACGUAUGGAUGCGCAGGAAGUGGAUUUGCGGAAAACGUGUAUUGGAGCUAGGAGCAGGCACAAGCCUCCCUGGCAUCGUGGCAGCAUCUUGCGGUGCUAUGGUCACGCUGACUGAUCAUUCAGGCCUUCCUCGUUGCCUUGACAACUGUCUCAAGUCCUGCCGGGCCAAUGGGCUGGAGGGCAAGGUGGAUCUUCUGGGACUCACAUGGGGCGAGUUUUCCCCCACCAUUUUCCAACUACCGCAAUUUGACGUCAUUCUGGCAUCUGACUGCUUCUAUGAUUCAAGAGAUUUUGAGAACAUCAUGGCAACAUUACAUUUCUUCUUAGACAGAAACAGUGAUGCAAAGUGUUGGACAACCUAUCAAGAGAGAAGCAUAUUGUCAUCUGGAAGAAAUAGUUCGUGGGCGAAGUGCGGAAGGGUCGUUGACCUUGAAAGUGCUGGUUCACUUGCAUCAGGUUGUUGUUUUGAGCGCCUAAGACUCAGGGCAGAUCUCUAGGCAGAUUCCCCAAACAGUCGCAUUUUCUGCAAUUUCAAUGCAGUAUUGGAAACGUUGACUCUUGAUGGGCGUUGUCGAGUACUACGAAUUUCCGGCAUCAAUAGCAGAGGUUUAGUAAGGGUGGGUAUGGAUAUUGGAAGUAUUUAAGACUUGUCUUAACGAAUCAGAGCCACAGCGGGUGUAACUAAAUCCCAUUUUAGGGGGGAGUCGGCUCAACUUUAUCUUUAAAGAACGUGGAGUUCUUUUUGUUUUCAGUUCCCCUGCAUUUAACAAUUUUCACAUCAAAACUGGUUGUUGAAUGUAUAUUAGCUUGGUAGAAAAGAGUGCAUUUCCAAGAUUUCUGACAAAGGCAUUGUUGUUUGCAUGGUGGUCUUGCCAUUGCGGCAAAAAUAUUAACUAAUUGUUUCAUAUUGCCUUCAAAAUUAAUAUGAGUCAGCCUCAUCGCUACGCUAAACUUGCUUUAAAAAGCACAGUUUGGAAAAAAAAUUGGUGUACAACGGACGUACGACAGUCACUCCUUAACCGCUGCGCACUAUGAUAAUCAUUGUGCGCAACUGCAGAACUGACAUACGCAUAUCUUUUGCCUUAUUAGUCGAUUUAACACGACGCCUGAAUAGAAAUAAUCUCCGUCAUCUGAUGGAUGGAUGGAUCGUUUGAUCACGUGCCAUUGGGUUGUAAUAGUCCCAGUGCAGCGCAAGGCCACGGCGCAAAACUGGUAGUUGGUGAAUUGGAGCAAACUGAUUUAACGACCACAGAAAAAGGUUUCAUAUUUGAAAAAAUGAGAAUUUUUUUUUUUGGGGGGGGGAACUUUGGCACAACGGUUUGUGCGUGUUGUAGUUCGGGAGCACAUGCCACAGUCAAACACAUGAGGGGGUGAUAAAUCAACCUGAAGCGAAUGUAACAUAAAGACCAGCAAAACUUAUUUGAUUAGAUGACUGCAUGCCCCUGCAAAUUCGCUCUGCGGCAGAGUUCUGCUGCGAUUAAACUCCACGCCAUAAAAUUCAUGACUCCUGACAUUUAUGAAUGGCUCAAUCCUUAUGCAAUCGACAAGCUAAUGGUUUCAGAUGAUACCUCGGUGAUUCAAAAAGGUCACGACUAUUUUACUCUUUAGUGUUUGUGAAAUCAACGUCAUCGUGGAGCCGGCUUGAGCGAGGUUCCCCUGGAGAACAAUAAUGGCAGUCGGCUGGAUACAAAAUCUGAGCCGAAUCAUGCGGCCUCCUAAAAUUCUGGUGAAUGUAAAUAUUGCAGUAAAAUUUGGUGGCAGUUCUGCGUUGAAAAGGACAUAAUGAGGAACGUUGAGUGACAAUUUAAGGAGGAAGGUUUUAUUUGAUGCAUGUUUGAGCUUUUGGAAAAUCAGUUCAAGAUUUGGAAGAAUCUUGACUAUUAAGGAGGAACUGUACGCCCUACCGCCUCAGAUUUUCUCGAGCCAUUUUAUGGCAAGGCAAAGACAGUUCGAGGAAUCGGAUGGCCAAUAAGAGGUCAGGUAAAACCGGUUAAAUGGAUGGAAAGACAAGAGUCACGUCUAUCCGCAUCCGAGGCCUGGAACAAUGCACCGUUUGUUGAUUCCAGAACUAACCCCUCAAACACGCCUUUAAAGUGCAACUUGAUGGAGAAUCGGUGCAAAUCCAUGGUCAGCAGGGACUCGUGUGCUAUCUGUAGCGGAAAACUGAGCCAGCCUUGAGCGUGAUUCACGGUAUAACGUGUUAAGGCAUUUCAAUGGCGAUUGCCAUGCAGAUGACGUCGUAUUCAAACUGUCAAAAAAACAAACCUUAACAUAAAAACCGGAGAAAUUACCCUUAAAUGCUACCGAUUUAUGCUGGGGUCUCUUUCUUUUCCCCCUAGAAGACAUUCAGGAGGGUUUGAGUCGCGGCCGCAAAUUAACUCCGACUGAGAAAAUGUCUUCAGUGCACUGGGUUAACGUGUCAAUGUAUUAAAUCACAUCUGGGGCGAGUAGAGGCGAAUCUUGCGCGUGCGCGCGCGCGAAAUCCAAACCACUCGGUAGAGUUACAAUAAUUUGACUAGCAGAGUCGCGUGCAGGUUAUGUUACUCGGGUUUGCAUUCACUGUGUGGACAGGUUUCUCCUCUGAGAUCCACUGUCGGACGAAAACAACAGCUUGCCCCGGUCCCUUUUCUGGCUGUGCUAGGGCGACUAGCUAAUGCUUGUCCGAGCUUUGGAAAAAAAAUGAAACUGUUCGUUAGUCCAUGGGGGAUUAAAACGUUAUUACAUUUCUUUCCCAAGGACAUGAAGGAGAAAAAAAUAAAUAAAUCCACCGAGUUGUCCUGUGAUGGGCCCUCCGGAAAAUCCGCCCAUUAGUUAUGAUGCAGAAAUGGCACGGAACACUUUAGGGAAUUAUACCUAUUCCCAACACAUGUGAUAGUAUAUCCCUGCGAUUAAGAAAUUAGAUUAUAUAUAUUUUUUUCACUCUUAAAAAUGGUGUUACAUCAUAACAAUGCACCAGAAAUCGCCAGUGUUUAAAUAUUUGGAAAGGCACAAUAAGUGUGGCUGUCAUCGUUCGAUAAAAGUGAGUCGGGGCUUAUUAAACAUCGGGGCUUUAUUAUGAAAACGAUCUGGCAAUUUUGCAAAUUAGCCGGCAGUCAGGAAAUGCGUGCAGUACGAAGUAAUUGGCACACAAAUUCAGUUCAGGUCAGUUCACUUUAUUUUCCACCUAUGCAUGUCAGAGUAGUGCAUAAAUUGAGACAUUUGAAUGGAACAAUAAAUUAACAAUAAGUGGAGGAGGUCUCCAAAAAGCUGAGCUUGUAAACCGGAGACCUCCUUAGAAUUGUGUACUUACACAUUGUUGAAAAUUACGUUUACAUAAUAUUAUAUACUGGCGAAAGAAGUACAGAGUAUUUAAGUUGAUAAAUUAAUGCUACACACAAAGAGACAUAGGGCAAACCCGACAACGAGAGACUAACAAGUCCAAUCAAAAAUGAUUACAAUUAGAGUAAAGAAAUGAAAAUAGUAUAAAUCACUCUUGUCUGCAUUUAUCCACAAGCCAGACUCUAAGUUGUUUCUUGAAGACAGACAAAUUUUUAAUUGAUUUAAGGUUGUUAAAAGAAUUCCAAAAUGUAGGACCAUGAUAAGAUAUACAAUUAAAAUAUUUAGAAAGGCGUACAUAAGGAAUAUGAAAAUCGUUAACAGAACUGGUAUGAUACAUGUGUAUCUGAGUGUUUAAGAUAAAUGUAUUUUGGAAUGACUUAGGUAAUUCCUUUGCUACAAAAUUGAUGCAUAAAAGAGCCGAGCUGGAGUUAAUAAAUUUCAGAAACCUUUAGGAGUACUGUAGUUGUAAAAUAGUGAAUCAGAGGGACUAUGAAAAUGAACACUAUUGAUAAUUCUGAGGUCCUUCUUUUUUAAGACAGGAUUCUGUUCAAUGCAUAACCAGGAGCUUUGCCCCAAGCAAGAGUACGGUAUGAGUGUUACAAGUAGUACACGAGCAUUAUAGAAAUCAUAAAAUGGAAAGAAGUGCUACAAUUUGUUAAUAAUUCCUAUGUUUCUAGAAAUCAAUUUGCAUAUAUAGUUAAUGUAAUUACUCCAGUAAAGUUUGUCAUCAAUAACUAUACCAAUAAACUUGAUACAAUCAUUGCGUUUCAAUGGCACGUUGUCAUACAGAAUAUCACCUUGAUUGUUAAUCUUUGAACCACUAAAUAACGUAAUAUAGGUUUUGUUAAUAUUUAUGGAUAAUUAAUCGGCUCUAGCCCAGUUGAAGAUAUGCGAAAGUUCUGA